CCCCCUCCCCCCGGGGUCCAGGGGUUCGCGUGCCCGGGGGGCUUCGUCUUUGCUCCGCUCUUCCGCUUCGCUGGCAGGGGACCCUCCCGGCCGCCUCGGCUUCUCCCGACUCUGUUGGAAAACCGGUGGGGGGGCUCAGAAGGCAGGAUGCGGCCCCUGAGUUCCGAGUCCCCGUCCGCAGCCCCCGGGAGGGGUGUGUGCUCCGUGGCGGGGAGUGAGCUCCCCGGCCUGGGAGUGUGUAAGCCCAGGAUGUAAGGCCAAGAGCCCAGGUUUCCACCGGCGGGCCGAGGCCACUCCCUGCGGCUCCGCGCUCUGAUCUUACCAGCAGUUAGGUAUCCAUCCCCGGCGUCUUCACAGUCCAGGGCAGGUGCUGGACUCCGUGUCCACGAAGGACCUUCCGUCCUGACGGCCCAGCUGGGAGCCCUCUGUCCUCAUCAUUUCCUGGUGCAUACUGCGCCAGCGCGCUGCCCCUCAGAUUGCGGAGGCGGACGGGGUCCCUCCGUUCAGAUGAGGACCCCGAGGCCCAGGGAGAUAGCCAGGGAGAGGAGGACUCGGACCCAGGCCCCUGAUCACCGGGCCGCGCUGCUUCCCCCAGAGCCGUGUCCCCUCCGGGACUCAGUUCCUCCUCUGUGACGUGGGCACAUCACGCUCUGCCUCGUAGAGGCUCUGCAAGCAUUCUGUGAGGCAAGGGCUGUAAAGUGUUCCGUGUAGCAAGCAGCGCCCUGCACCUAGUAGGUGCUCAGAAUACGAACUGCUUUAUUUUCCGAUUGUCCAGUGAAGCUGUUUUCCAUGAUCCACACCUGCCUUCCGCAUAUCUCCCAGCUCAGACUCCCGUGCCCGAGCAGCUAAUACAGAAGGCCCGAGGCCGCCGUCCCGGCUGGCUUGCCAGGUUGGACCUUAGCUGGCAUCUGGGAACUGGAAUCUCAGGAUGGUUCCCUUGCUUACACUCUUUGUACGAACACCAUGGGUCAUGCUGAGCACCGGCCGUCCUUCUGGGGUCUGGAACAUUGGAAGCUGCGAGGCAGAGGGGCCAGAAAUACUACCCGCCCGACUUUGACCCGUCAAAGAUCCCCAAACUCAAGCUCCCCAAAGAUCGGCAGUAUGUGGUGCGGUUGAUGGCUCCCUUCAACAUGAGGUGUAAGACGUGCGGAGAGUACAUCUACAAGGGCAAGAAGUUCAACGCGCGGAAGGAGACAGUGCAGAACGAGGCCUACCUGGGCCUGCCCAUCUUCCGCUUCUACAUCAAGUGCACACGAUGCCUGGCAGAGAUCACCUUCAAGACAGACCCCGAGAACACAGACUACACCAUGGAGCACGGAGCCACACGGAACUUCCAGGCGGAGAAGCUCCUGGAGGAGGAGGAGAAGAGGAUGCAGAAGGAGCGGGAGGACGAGGAGCUGAACAACCCCAUGAAGGUGCUGGAGAACCGGACCAAGGACUCGAAGCUGGAGAUGGAGGUUCUGGAGAACCUGCAGGAGCUCAAGGACCUGAACCAGCGGCAGGCGCACGUGGACUUCGAGGCCAUGUUGCAGCAGCACCGCCUGUCAGAGGAGCAGCGGGAGGAGCAGGAGCGGGAGGAGGACGAGCGGGAGGCGGCGGCCUUGGUGGAGGAGGCACGCAGACGCCGGCUGCUGGAGGACUCCGAUUCGGAGGAGGACGCGCCUGCUCCCGCCGCACCACGGCUGGCCCUCCGGCCCAAGCCCACCGCCAUCCUGGAUGAGGCCCCAAAAGCCAAGAGGAAGGCGGAGAGCUGGGAGCGGAGUGUUGGCACCCUCGGCAGCAGGCCCCAGCUGUCAGGCCUAGUCGUGGUGAAGAGAACAGACCUCGGUUGCAGCGCCCAGGAGGGCCUGGCGCCGUCACCCACCACCCAGGGCCCCGUGCAGAGCGGGAAGCCAGCCGACCCUGCACCCUGGGCGCCCGGCGCCUCCUCCCUGAGCCAGCUGGGGGCCUAUUCGGACAGCGAGGACAGCAGCGGCAGCAACUGAGACCCCAGGCCCUUCCCCAGGUCAAGGUCCCGUGUCCAGCUUCAGCUGACGGUGGGGCAGGAUGCCUUGGCACCAACCAGAGCCACGCAUGACUGGACAAACCCCGACGUCCUCUGAGGCGGCAGGGCCAGUGAGGGCUUUGGCCGACUCGGGUUCUCCUGUCCCCCCACCUGCUGGCCCUCAGGGACCUCGGGGUCCCCAGCUCACAGUGCCGCCCUCCUGGCCCUCCAUUCGGGGCUGUGGCCUCCCUGGAACAGUGCUCAGCUCCCGGCAGGCCUCGUGGUCGUCCCUUUGACAGCCGCAAGGGCUCGGCCGUGUUUGGGGGGAGGCACGCAGGAGAACACACCCACCCCUUAUUAGCGCUGCCCCCUCCGGCCACAAAACCCGCAAGCCAAUGAAAGGAACCACUGUCUGGCCUGGGCCCCUGUUCCGCCAGCUUCUGGGGACGGCCACGGAACCACACAAUGUGGCCAAUCUGGCCUCUGGUUCUCGCAAGCUGUGAGGUGGUAAAGGCUCGUUGAUUAGUGGGUGUUUGGGGAGAAUUUGUUAUGUAGCAGUAGAUCGCCAGUAUGUCGUUGGUCACGUGACCAGGAAAUCGAUUCUGAGGCUCACGUUCUUUCAAGGUUGCCAGACUUCAACUCCGGUAUAAUUUUCUCCCACUUCACAGUUUUCUCGUUGAAGGUUUUAUGCUCCCGCCAGACUCCUUCAGCACAUGCCCCCCCAGCUCUGCUCCCCCCCUCCCGGGGUCGCCAGCCUCAGCCCUCCUCUCUCUCUCUCUCUCAAGCACACUCACAUUUGUUUGGCAUUUGGUAAUGAGGCUUUGUGCUUCUUGCUAUCAGAGUUUGGGAGAUGAGAAGCCCCCACUUUGGGGAUCCACUUUCCUGCAAUGAUUUCUGUGCUUAAGUAGGACUGGAAGAAGCAGACUAGGAUCCAGCCAGGCCCCCGGGUCCUCACCUCGCAGCUCCGGGCCUUGAAGACAGGCCCCGGGGCCCUGGUUCUGAAACGCUGAUGGUGGAGGGGCUGUGAAUCGGUGCCGCGUGCGGGGGGGCCAGCACACCGCGGCCUCUUUUCCCCAAGGUCAGAGUCAGGGUCGCACACGGUGCCUGCAAGGAGUCUGUUCAGACCGGCGGCCAGAGGAAAGCAUCCAGCCGAAGAAGCGCUUGUGGAAGAGAUGAGGCGUGGGGCCCCCGUUCACUCUGAUCCCUUCUUGCAGACUGUUCCCUGAGCUCUUGUCGCUUGUCACCGUGUGUGCGUGCCAUCUGUUAACUCUUCUUUACUAAAGAUUAUGAACUCCGUUCUAAAACACAGAUGAGCAAGCUACGGUUGGUGGACCAAAGCCGGCCCACAGCCUAGUUUGUGAACCAAGUUUUGUUGGCACGGCGACGUGCCCGUUUGCGUGUAACGCGUGGCCGCUGCGCUCUGCAGUGACGGAGCCAACGGGCUCACCGUCGGGUCCCUGAUAGAGAAAGGUUGUCUGCCCCCCGCCUGGGUCGCCCAGCUCUGCCCUUCCUGCUCCCCACGGCCCCCGGGAAAGGUGCCGACACCCCCUCACCCCAAGCUGCGCUCUCCUCAGCAUGGCACGGGAUGAGGCACACGGGAUCCGCUCAGUGAGGGAAACAGCUGACGUUCGAGAAGUCCUUGCCGCUUGCCUGACCUGUGCUGAGCUGUGCAGAUUCACUCGUUUGAGUUUCCCAAAGCAAGUUGCUUGCUAAAAAAAAAAAGGAUAGGAUUUAUAUACAAAAUAUAUAUUAAAAUAUGUAUAAAAUUUAUAUGUGUAAUACAUAUUGUAAAAUUUAUAAUGUAUAUAAUGUUGAUAUGGUUUAUAUAUAAAAUGUAUGAAUUACACAUAAUUUAUAUAAUACCUAUUUAUUACACAUUAUUUUAUUU